AAAUUCUAAACAAGUGCAAUGUUCUGAAUUAAAUUUAACUCGAUAAUGAUUUCGUGAAUUUUAAACAUGGUACAUCUCAGUAUAUACUUUUCCCACCCUUGUAUCUCCUUGCAAUUGCAGCUAGCUAACACACUUGUCUAAUAAGAUAAAAAGAUCUUGUUUUGCGGCUUCCCUAGGAUUCUCAGCUGAGAAUUAAAUACAAACCAAUUUCUCGUUAUAAUCGUCCUUGUUUUCUUCUCUCAACAAUGAAACUCCCACAGCUGUCAACUCCAUCCCCUGUUUUUGAACCUUAUUUCCUUUCCAAAGCAAAACAUUUAUUUGUGUGUAACUCUUUGCCUUUGACAAUCAAAAAAUGGGUUCUUCUCAUAUCUUCACGCACUAUGUUAUCUUGCUUUUCAUAGUGAAAUUAUGUACAAUGGCCAUAGCACAAGAUGGUUCUGCUAACGGUUUCGACGGCGCAGAGAGAGAAGCCCUUGUAACAAUCAAAGCUGAUUUCAACAAUCCUAAAGUACUCAAAAGCUGGACAGGUCUCAUGUGUUACUUAAAUAACACGCCGAGUUGGUUUGGUAUAAGCUGUAUCAACGGUCGAGUCACUGGACUUAGGCUAGAAAAUCUUGGCCUUAUUGGAAAACUCAAGCCAGAUGCACUUGUCAAUCUCACUCAGUUACAAACACUUAGUUUCAAGAACAACUCCAUAUCAGGAAACUUGAUGGACUUCUCCAAAAACAAAAAUUUGAAAGAUAUUAAUUUAUCUGGUAAUAGAUUUGAUGGAGAAAUUUCACCUUCUCUUUUAACACUUAAUUUGUUAGAGUCAUUGCAGGUACAAAACAACAACUUGAACGGUCCGAUCCCUGGUUUUAAUCAGUCAACAUUGAAAGUUUUCAAUGUUUCAGACAACAAUCUUUCUGGUGAAAUUCCAAACACAACAGCCCUUCAGAAAUUUGGCACUUCCUCAUACUUAGGUAACCAAGAUUUAUGUGGUCCUCUUUUUUCUAUCACGACGUGCACUAUCAAGAAUAGUGAUACAUCAACUCCAGGUCCAAGUGAUGAUUCACAUAAUGAUUCUUCAAAUAAUUCAAAAUCAUCCAUGUGGACUCCUAUUUUGAUAGUAAUUAAUGUUGUUGGUAUGGUUGUACUUUUAUUCCUUUUCAUUUACUACUUCAAGAAAUCAAAGAAGCUUAAGAAAAUGUUGACGAAUAAGAAUAUGAAAUUAAUGGAGGUAGAAAAAAUUGAGACUAGUAAAAUGGAGACGACGACGACGACGCCAACAGAAACCAGAAGUGUGGAAUCAAGAAGUGUGGGAUUAGAAGUGGAAUUAGAGAAAGGAAAACUGAUAUUCUUAGGCAGUGAAAUAAAUUUUGAACUUGAUCAUUUACUGAGAGCAUCAGCAGAAGGAUUGGGAAAAGGAAAUUUUGGGAAUUGUUAUAAGGCAAUGUUGGUAGAUGGACCUACUGUUGUGGUGAAACGUUUAAGGGAUUUGAAACCUUUGACGAAUGAAGAAUUUGUGAGACAAGUGAGAGCUAUUGCUGAUCAGAAGCAUCCAAAUUUGUUGCCUCUUCUUGGAUAUUAUAAUACAAAAGAUGAGAAGCUGUUCCUCUUGAAAUUUGCACCUAAUGGAAGCUUAUAUAACCGCAUUCAUGGAGGAAAAGGGACGAGAGAUAGGAUUCCAUUUCGAUGGAGCUCAAGAUUAUCAGUUGCUCGUGGUGUCGCUCGAGCACUUGAGCAUCUACACCUCAACUGCAGCUCCUCCCAAGCCGCCGCCGCCGCCGUUGUUCCCCACGGCAACCUAAAAUCCUCCAACGUUUUACUAGACGAAAAUGAUGAUGUUCGUGUCGCUGACUAUGGCCUCACUUCCCUUAUUGCACUUCCCAUUGCUACUCAACGAAUGGUUUCCUACCGAUCACCGGAAUAUCUAGGCUUCAAGAAAGUGUCCAAGAAAUCUGACAUUUGGAGCUUUGGCUGUCUUCUUCUGGAAUUGUUAACAGGUAGAAUUUCUUCACAUUCUGCUCCGCCUGGAGUUACCGGUGCGGAUCUCUGCAGUUGGGUUCAUCGGGCGGUCCGAGAAGAAUGGACGGCUGAGAUAUUUGACACUGAAAUAGCUGUGCAGAGAAGUGCCAACUCGGGGAUGCUUCGAUUGCUGCAAAUUGCUAUAAGGUGUUGUGAUAAGUCGCCGGAGAAAAGGCCGGAGAUGAGUGAAGUGGUAAGGGAAGUGGAAAGUGUUAAGGGUGCGGUUGACUCUGAAGAUGAAGAGGAUCUGUCUUUGUCAAUGGAUCAAUCUAUGACAGAUGAUUCUAUAGCAACUGCUACUCCGUCUCGAUAAGAUCAGGAGAUAUUACAAAUACUUUGAUAAUUUUCCUUAGUUUAAUUUAGAAUGUACUGAGGUAUAACGUGUGCAUGUAAUAUUAGAGCAAUUUUUAUUUGUGAAAUUAUUUACUAUGAGAAAAGAAAAGUGGUUCAGGCCUA